GCAGAUGAGGGGUGGCACAUACCACACAUCAACAAACAGUUGCCCGUGGCAACCAGGCCUAUCGUCCUUCGCUUAUGCGCCGUGGCCUCGUCAACGCGACCUGACGCGAUGCGCCGGCCGCCUGGUGAUGGAAAGGCUGGAAAGGCUUUUUCAAAUUCAAAUUGCCUUCGCCGACAAGUGCCAUGCGAUGGAAGGGGUGUCCGCUGUAUAGUCAAUAUGUAUGACCAAAUGGCGUUAUGGUUCAUUGGAAAUUUCGAUGGGUCGUGCUAUGACAGCAAAGGCAUCACACAGGUACUUGGUAUAUACACACACAUACAGUCGCUAUAUAUAUCGCGCGCACGAGCGGCCGGCCUAAAAGCUGUACCGCAUGCCACCGUUGGCACAGAUGACAGACCCGGUCGUCCAUCCAGCUUCUGGCAAACACAGCAUGCCCGUCACGCCCGCAAUCUCCUCGCUAUACGCCGGUCGGCCGCCGGCCUUGAGCGAUGUCUCGUAAACAUCGUCGGGAUCAAUGCCCUUGCGCGGUGCUGCCAACGGCGUGUUCUCAAUGUGUGGCUUGUUUUGGGCAACAAAUUCAGCAUCCGUCGACGUGUACAUGUCCGUGAGAACUGGCCCUGGGUUGAUGGAGUUGACGGUAGCUCGUUCAGCCAGCUCACGAGCCCAGGUCCG